AUGGCCUUAACACUUCGUUCUUCGACUUCAUUCAUCAAUCUAAGAGACAGCAGAACAAGUUCCAAAACUCCUGAUGAUUUUGAUUUUCCCAGCACGGUUACCUUAACACAAAUAAUCAAGCCAUCUUCCCAUCUGCUGCGCGCAAAGAACUCGCCACAAGAAGCUCCAAUCUUUCAGCCGGAAAAAACGAUAUCCGAAAGGAGAGAGAAACUUCACGCCAUGUCAGCACCCCACGGGGCCCACAAAAAUAAUACCCAAAACACGAGGGUGCCCGUUUUCGUGAUGCUUCCCCUCGACACGAUCUCCAUAGCCGGGAAUCUGAACAAACCAAAGGCCAUGCUAGCUAGCUUGAUGGCCCUGAAAGGCGCUGGAGUCGAAGGAGUUAUGGUAGACGCGUGGUGGGGACUGGUCGAGAAAAUCGGGCCCGGAAAGUACAACUGGGAAGGCUAUGCCGAGCUGGUGAGAAUGGUCGAGAGGCUCGGUUUGAAGCUUCAAGUCGUCAUGUCCUUUCAUCAGUGUGGAGGCAAUGUUGGGGACAAUUGCAGUAUUCCCCUGCCUCCAUGGGUUCUUGAGGAGAUAAGCAAGAACCCGGAUCUUGUGUAUACAGAUAAAUCGGGCCGGCGUAACCCGGAGUAUAUAUCGUUGGGCACCGACUCGUUGCCUGUUCUAAGAGGUAGAACACCGAUUCAGGUCUAUUCCGACUACAUGAGGAGCUUUAGGGAGAGAUUUCGUGACUACUUGGGACAUGUUAUUGUGGAGAUUCAAGUUGGGAUGGGACCUUGUGGGGAGCUCAGAUACCCGUCAUACCCCGAAAGCAACGGAACCUGGAAAUUCCCCGGCAUCGGAGAAUUCCAAUGCUACGACAAGUACAUGCGGGCUUCGCUGGCAGCUGCCGCGUCAGCAAUCGGGCGGGACGAGUGGGGCCUGCGCGGGCCCCACGACUCGGGCGGCUACAACAAUUCUCCCGAGGACACCGGUUUUUUCCGGCAUGACGGCACCUGGGGCAGCGACUACGGCCACUUCUUCCUCGACUGGUACUCCCGAAGCCUGCUCGAGCACGGGGAGCGCGUGCUCGAGCCGGCGGGGCAAAUAUUCCGAGGCACUGGUGCAAAGCUUUCGGGAAAAGUCGCGGGCGUCCACUGGCACUACCGGACAAGGGUGGCGGAGGGAGGGGGGAUGAUGUGUGGGUUCACGUACCUGAGGAUGAACAGGCGGCUGUUCGAGGCAAACAACUGGAGGAAUUUCGUGGAGUUCGUGAGGAGCAUGUCGGGCAGGGCAGGGGCCUGCUGCCCGGCGGAGGACAGGAUGGGGACGGACCUGUACGUCAGGUUCGUCGGGCAGACGGGUGGUUCAGGCAGGGAAGUGAGUGUGAGUGAAGCUGCUGAUGCUGAUGCUGCCCUUGUGUAA